GUGUGCUUUUUUUCAUUGCAGUCUGGUCCAGUGGUUGAAGCACAGCAAGAAAGAGUACUGUGAACUAUGUAUGCACCGCUUCUCCUUCACACCAAUUUACUCUCCGGACAUGCCAAAGAGACUGCCUGUGAUGGACAUUGUCCGUGGGCUAGCCAAGAGCAUGGGGACAGCGGUCAAGUGCUGGCUACAUUACACCUUGGUCACGUUUGCUUGGCUCGGCGUGGUUCCAAUUACAGCCUGUCGCAUCUACCGUUGCCUCUUCCAAGCUUCUCUAGUUCCCCUGUUGACGUUACCAUUUGAUGUCUUGUCACUGGAGAGUGUGGUCACCGACAUCCUGCAGGGCAUGCUGGUGGUGGGUUCCACCCUGUGUGCGUUUGUCAGCCUGGUCUGGCUGAGGGAGCAGGUCACACACGGCGGAGGGCCAGAGUGGCUGGAAGACGAUGCACGCAGGGCCGGCAAUGGGGUGGUGGACGGGGCGGGGGAAGCAGCACCGGCAGCUCAACAGCAACAACAACAGCAGCAGCAACAACAGCAGCAGGAGCAACAACGACCGGCCGCUGCACCAGUCAACAAUCAGAAUGCUGCUCCUCCAGCUCAGCCCGCUGGCAACCAGGAACCACCUGCCCAUCACCAGGCGCCAGCCAAUCAGGGACCAGCAGCAGCAGCAGGCGAUGGCAACCAGGCAGGGGCAGGGCAACCUGCAGCCGCGGAGAAUGCCGCAAAUAAUCCCCCAGGAGCCGAGAAUGCCGGCCAAGAUGACAUCAACUGGAAUGCAUUGGAGUGGGACCGCGCUGCCGAGGAGCUGACAUGGGAGCGUAUGCUGGGCCUGGAUGGUUCCCUCAUCUUCCUGGAACAUGUUCUCUGGGUCAUCUCGCUCAAUGCACUCUUCAUUUUUGUCUUCGCUUUUUGUCCGUACCACAUCGGUCAUCUGGGCAUGCUCCUGUUGGGCUGGGAUGAGCUGGCUAAGAUGUCUCGUUUUGAGGGGCUGCUCACCACCAUGUGUGGCUAUGUCACCCUGUGUUCCUCGCUCAUCCUCUUCCAUUUCUUCAGUGGGCUGUUGAAGCUUCAUCGUACCAAGCGGAUCUUGGGGCUAUGCUACAUUGUCCUCAAAGUCUUCCUGCUGGUUGUGACGGAGAUCGGCGUUCUGCCCCUGGUGUGCGGUUGGUGGCUGGAUAUCUGCUCAUUGUCCAUGUUUGAGACAGCUCUUCAGGACCGUCUACAGAGCUUCCAGUCAGCCCCCGGCACCUCCAUGUUCCUGCACUGGCUGGUGGGCAUGGUCUAUGUCUUCUACUUUGCCUCCUUCAUCCUGCUGCUCAGAGAGGUUUUGCGGCCAGGGGUGUUGUGGUUCCUCCGCAACCUGAACGAUCCCGACUUCAACCCCAUCCAGGAGAUGAUCCACCUGCCCGUCUACAGACAUGUCCGGCGCUCUCUGCUCUCAGUCAUUGUCUUUGGAAGUGUGGUUCUCCUGGUGCUGUGGCUGCCCGUUACCAUCAUCCGAUAUCUCUUCCCAUCCUUCCUGCCCUAUCAUAUACACCUGUCCAGCGACUCGCCAGUCAGCGAGCUCUCCCUGGAGUUGUUGCUCCUCCAGGUGGUCUUGCCGGCACUCCUGGAGCAAGGCCACACCCGGCAGUGGCUCAAGAACAUCAUCCGUGCCUGGACCGUCUGUGCUGCCUAUCUCCUUGACAUGCGGUCAUACCUACUGGGUGAUGUGCCGCUUGAAGAGAACCUAGCACCCACACCACAGCAUGACCAGCAGCUGCCCCAUCUCGACCAGGACCCAGAAGAGGCGGAAGCCCACCUUGGGGAGGACCGACCACACCCCUGGGAGGAGGAACCCCAACCCGAAGCAGAAGAGGGCAAUCUCAAUCCUGAUCCGGCCACUCCAGUUGAAGGCCAGGCCAGUGUGGAAGCAAAAGGGGUGGAUACUGACACCCAGGGGCUUGACGCCUAUUUGGAAGGGGGAGCCACAGGAGGGGUCAUCGACAUUGAGAUUGACGAGCUGGUGUACCGAGAGGAAGAAGUGAUGUCAAGUGGGCAGGACGAGGAUUCCGAUGUCAUCAUGGAGGAAGAGGAGGACAUGGAUGCUGUCCAGAUGGCAGAUGUCGCAGUCGGCAACGACGACCAUCUCUACGAGGACCUGCAGGAGCAAGGUGGCCCCCUGCCACCGGACGAGCUGGCGGCCGAGGGACCGGCCGAGGCUGGCGCCCCUCCUGCACCGGCUGCAGCAGCACCUGCUGCCCCUGCCGGUGGCAUGGCGCUACAUGCCGCUCAUCAUGCCAUGAUCAACCAGAUGGGACCCACUGGAUUCCAGCCUUACAACAAGCCUACCUUCUUUGCUAUGCGAAUCAUCCUGCUGGUGCACCUGCUCUGCCUGACCCUCCUGCUGGCCAGCGUACUCUGCCUCACCCUUCCCGUCUUCCUGGGCCGGUUCUUCAUGUCUCUCUGGGUGGGCAAGGGGGUGGUGGUGCAUGAGCUGUACACUGCUGCCUGCGGCCUGUAUCUGUGCUGGCUGGUGUGCCGGCUGCUGACGGUAGUCUGGUCCUGGAUGCCAGCCGGCAUGGAGCUGAUAUUGGAGAAGGCCAAGAUCUACACCAUAUUGCUGAUCAAGUCUUUGCUGGUUGCCUUCAUGCUGCUGGGCAUCAUCCCAUUCCUCUUGGGCCUCCUCUUUGAGGUAGUGGUCGUGGUGCCCAUCCGCGUUCCUCUGGAUCAGUCCCCUGUCUUCUUCCCCUGGCAGGACUGGGCGCUGGGAGUUCUACACGCCAAGAUCAUGUGCGCCGUCACUAUGAUGGGGCCCAACUGGUGGCUCAAAACUGUCUUGGAGCAGGUUUACCAAGACGGCUUUCGUAACCUGAAUCUGGGUUUCAUCACAAGGAGAGUGGUCCUGCCGGUGGUCACAUGUCUACUGCUGGUCCUGGCGGCGCCUUACGCAGUGGCAGCAGGUGUCACGCCACUAUUAGGUCUGGGAGAAGAUGUUAAUUUACUGGUCGUCCGCCGCAUCUACCCUUGCCUCGUUACCUCCAUCAUCACAAUGGCUGCCAUGGUGUUCCACCUCAAGCAGUUUAAGAAGCUGUAUGAGCACAUCCGAAAUGACAAGUAUCUCGUGGGCCAGCAGCUCGUUAAUUACGAUCCCAGAGAUCAAAGCAAAAAGGACCACGCAACUCAGACAGCAGCCCAAUAAAGUCUGGUAUCCCGUGCCAGUGUAUAUAACCAAUCUUGUAUAUUUCACAUCGUCAUGUACAAUUUAUACUAUUUAUCAAUUGUGUUGAUUUUUUUUUGCCGACGAGUGACCCAGCAUCAACAUGAGCCUUGUUUUUGAAUAUCUUUAGAUAUUUUAUUGGCCCCACGCUGCCAAGACCCAUUCUCAUCUGUUGUAGAAGCAUCUCCGUAAUGAAAGAACAACCAACCUAUUUUGAACAACCAACCAACAUCUUUUUUUAAGGUCAGCGUCCUUUGAUGUAGUUAACUCAAUGACCUUUCUGUAACCGUGAUGAGCCCAUGAUGAGCCCGUGAUGAGCCCGUGAUGAGCCCGUGACACGCUCCGAGAUUCCGGGCAUUCUCUGUUACUCUCCAACAAUCAGACUGAUGCAAAGUUUUGCCACAACAGUGAUUGUAGUCUCAUGCCAAAAUCUGAAAUAUAACACGGACAGCUCCCCAACAGAUUGGGAGAUGUAGUUUGUAACCGACGUGUACCCACAUUUGUUGAUUACUUUUGUCCAAGGCCAUCCCGUCAUGGAGUACGAAGUUUAUUACCAGAUUUUAAGAUGGUUUGGUGUGGUUAACAAAUGUUGGAUUGCAAAGACUUACCAGAAUAAAAAUUAAAUAAAUGAUUUUAGAAAGCAUUCACCCAGAAGUAUUUCUGUCCCACUGUUUAGUUUAAACAGUUUUUUCUCUUAAUGCUGUCGAUUGUUGGUGGUUCUCUCUCUAUGUUUGCUACGAACCAAAUAAUUGGGAGAAAAAAAAAAGAACUACCGUAGGUACUUGACAUCAGCCGUGGUCUAAGGGCAUUCAGGUAUUGCCUUUUGUCCCUGGACAUGAAGAUUUGGGUCCACAGCAAAUGAUUUUUGCGACAUGAAAAGACUAUUUGAAAAUAUUGAGAAUUCUUGUGAUCGGGCGUAGUGUACUUGACACAACAAAAAAGUGAGAGCACCCUGAAAAAAAUCCUGAUAAACAGUCACUAAUGCAUGUGGUAACAUCGUGAUUCGUUCCUCAAACUUAUUGUCGUCACUUUUGUUGGGGCAGGGGGGACACAAAGAUCUGUUACGGUAAGAGCACCUUUGAAUGUUAAGGGCUUUGUCGGUUUAAUGUGGAGAUAAAUUGAAAGAGCACUUCUUGUAUUUAAUUUCCCCCGGACCGUCUUACACUCUUCUGUCUUGCUGAAACUGCACUCAACGUACUUGUGAUUUUUUAAAACUAAUUCACAUCUUACCAAUAUACAUUUUCCUUUGCUGCAUAUGCCUAGAGUUGUUGGUCCACCCAACAGGUUUUAUGUUGGAGAUAUACGGCUGAAAAAUGAACCGCAAAAUUCAAAAUCAUUAAAUUUAAAGUGACUAAUGUAUGCUAAGCAGAGUUUCUUACAAGGGCUGGCAUCGCUGCUUAAUGAGCAUAGCUGAUGUUUUCUCUUUGGUAAUAAAAACCAGAAUGCGAUUUUAAUGCA